CAUGUAAUCUCAUUUUAAUUUAAUCAAUUCGUCAUUAAAUUUUAAUUAAAAAAAAAGAUUACACAGAUGAUAAAAUAAGGGAGUAAUUAAUCUUGGGAGAAUUACUUUUCACUGAUUGGGUUCAUUAAUUAUAAAGAUUGAUCAAGAUCAUCUUGACACAAAAACAUGAAUGUAGAAAUAUUUCCAUGUAUUUCUACAGAAAUUACAAUACUUGUUUCGUGGCAACAAAUUAUAAAUAAAUUCUUUUUUAAUCAAUUAAAAAAAGAGAUGCUAAAUAGUACCUCGUCUUUGUAUUUACGUUCUGUACAGUUCUGUAUAUUACAAACAAUAUAAAUAAAAGUAACGGUUUUUGAGAGUGAUUCAGUGAUGUGCAACAAAAAAAUAUUAGCAUAAAAAAUUGAGUGAUGAUUCCAUAUUGGAGUAUCAAGUAUCAAAUGACUAAAAUAUUGUCAUCAAUAAUUUUAUCAAGAUAACAAAGCUUUUAAAAAAAAUAAAAUAACUCAAAAUUGUUUUCAAAAAAAUGGAUGACAAUAAGAAAAAAAAUGAACGUGUUGAUUGGUCAAAGUAUGGUCUAGGUAAUCAUGAUAAUCCAGGUAAUUCACAACAAAAUUUGCCCAACUAUGAUGGUCUUGAUACUGAUAUUUAUCCAACUGGUGCAAAUGAAUUAUAUGCACAAGAUUUCAAUGCAAAUCCUUGGUGGAAAUCAAAUUUUUUUAUAUCACAGCCAGUAUUGUUUGGUACUUGGGACGGUGUUUUUACCUCUUGUCUUAUAAAUAUUUUUGGAGUAAUUAUUUUAUUAAGAUCUGGAUGGAUUGUUGGACAAGCUGGUGCACUUCAUGCUGUAUUAAUUAUUCUAUCAACUGUUUGUGUUGCUCUAGUUACUGUACUAUCAGCAGUAGGAAUAUGUGAACGUUGCAGAGUUGAAAGUGGUGGUGUUUAUUUUCUUCUUUCUCAUGUUUUGGGAUCAAGAUUUGGUGGAUCAAUUGGUUUGCUCUACUGUUUUGGUCAGGCUGUUGGAUGUGCAUUAAAUGUUCUGGGUUUUGGUGAAUCAAUGGCUGGCCUAGUUGGUCUAGACACAGCUUGGGCAAAACGUGGUUUUGCUUGUCUUGCUGUUGUUCUAUUAUCAAUAAUAAACGUAGCAGGUGUCAAAGUUGUAAUUAAACUUCAAUUUAUUCUUCUUUUAAUUCUUCUUCUUGCUGGAGUAGAUUUUGCAGUUGGAAGUUUUACUCAUAUUGUACCAGAAGAAGGCUUUAUUGGCUGGUCAUUUGAAAAUUUAAAAAAUAACACAUUUACUUCAUACGAGGAUGGCUAUGGUUGGUUUGAAAUAUUUGGUGUAUUUUUUCCAACAGUAACUGGUGUUUUAGCUGGUAUAAAUAUGUCUGGUGAUUUACGACAUCCUUCAAAAGACAUACCAAAUGGUACACUAGCUGCACUUGGAACUGGAACAAUAUUAUAUCUUGGUUUUUCAUUGUUCUUAGCAGCAACAUGUACAAGAACAGCGCUAUUAACAAAUUUCAUGAUUGCAUCAACAGUAUCAGCAAUUUCAGUGCUUUUAUUAGCUGGAUUAUAUGUAUCAUCAUUUAGCAGUUGUCUUGGUGCAAUGUAUGGUACACCAAGAGUAUUACAAUCAAUUGCCAGUCAAAAUGUUAUACCUGGAAUAAGUUGUCUUCAACGUGGUCGUGGACCAAAUAGAGUACCAGUUUAUUCAAUGAUUGUUGUGGCAAUUGUUACAUUGGCAUUUAUUAUAACUGGUGAAAUAAAUACACUUGCACCAAUUGUAACAAUGCCAUUUUUAUUAACAUAUGCUUGUUUAGAUUAUGCAUAUUUUGCACUUGCACAAACAUUUGAUCUUCAACAUACUCGUGAACAACGUUUUAGUACUCAACCAUCAUCAUCAUUUGAAAGAAAUUAUGAUGCUACUGAAACUAGUGAUAUUAUUACUGAAAUUGAUAAUGAUUUAGAUAAUUUAUUUCCUGAAAGAACACAUCAUAAAAAUUCAAAUCUUGAUGCAUCACCAAUUGAAGAAAGUCCACAAAAUGAUGGACAAAUUAAAAAACCAAAUAUUCAUGGAAAACUUGGUAAUUGGUAUAGUCCACUUUGUAACAGAUGGUUUUCAUUAAUUGGAGCACUUGUUAAAUUAUUAAUAAUGUUUUUGGUACAUUGGGGUUAUGCUGUUGCUAAUAUUGUUGUUGUUUUUCUUGUUUGGAGUUAUGUUGGUCAUGCAAAUCCAGCUGUUAAACCUGGCUUAUCAGCUGAAUUUAAAUUUUUUGAAUGGCUUAAAUUAUCAAUAUUAAAAUUAAUGGGUAAAAAAGUUUAUGAUUAUGAACAAAUUGUUGUGACACCUGUUCAUCAUGGAGUUGAAACAUGGUCAACACAAUUGAAUGAAGAUAAUGAAGAUUUUUCAGAAAGACGAAGGUAUCAUCAAACGUCAACAGUUACUGGACAGUAUGUCAACAUUGACUGAUUAUAAGCAUAUAAUAUUUAUUUAUUUUUAAUUAUUCAGGCAGCAAUUUACUCAACCAAUUAAUAUUCAUCAAAUGAGUGAUUAAAAUAAUAAUACAAUUUUUAUUUAUGAUAUAUAUAAUAAUUAUAUUUUUAAUAAUGAUAUGUAAUAAGAUUUUUUAUAUUAAGUGCAAUAAAUAAUACUGAUUUCAAGACUAAUUUAAUGUCAAAUAUGUCUACAAUUUAAUCUCAUGAAUUUGUGUUGAUAAUCUUUGGACUGAUUCAAGAUCAUCCAGCUUUUGCAUUUAAUUUAUAAUUAAAAUAAUUAUCAAGAUGAUUUUGAUGCAUUAUUUUUACCUUCUAGACAAUAUUCUUUGGACUUCCUGGUGGAAUAAAUUUUUGUAGAUAAGAGCAUGAACAAUAGAGAAUAAAUUAUAAUUUCGAAAUUUUAAUUUGAACAUUUCUAUGAAGUAAAGUUGAGACCAAGAGAACCACAUCUGGGAAAUAGGACAGGACACAA